AUGGUUCUGGUGAAGUGGAGAAGAGCUAGGACUACUCGGGGGGCACCAUCCCAACUCUCCACCUUCACUGAGCAGGAGCAGGAGCAGGAGCAGGUGCAGGAAAUAAAAAAACUAGAGAAACUCACCAUUCGUCUACAUGAUAUGGAAUGUGAGAGAAAUGAGCUGCGUGGAAUCCUGGCCAAUUACACAAACAAGGAUUUGAACAACAGGCUAAAUUUUGAACUCGAGAUGCUUGAAAUGGAACACAAGCAGGUGAUGUCAGCUCUCCAGAAAUUGCCCAUGGAGAUUAGUGAUGCCUUGGACAAGUGCAAGGGGCUGAUUGAGGAGACUGAAUACUUUAGUUACCUCCAUGGCCGGUUCCUACGAGAGUGCAAUCACCUAAAGAAGAGUGUACGUGUAUUGGGGAUCCAGAACACACAGCUGUGGAAAGAGCAGAUUGAACUGCAAAAGACCUGUGAGGAGGUGAAGAAGCUCUUGAAGGAGGCCCAUGAGAAGAUCUGUGACCCCUGUGCUGAGCAGCAGCAGGAGCAGGAAAACCUGGAGGAAAGACUGAAGGACCUGCUGAAGCAGAAGGAGCUAGUCACCCAGCAAAGGGACUUGGCAGAAAAGCUGCAACAUCACUUCAGUGUCUCUGAGAUGAGGUCAGAAAAUCUGCACCACAAGCUGGAACAUGUCACAGCCCAGGAUGAGAGCCUCCUGCAGACAGAGCUGCUGCAGCAGGAGCAGGAAGUAUCACAGCUAUGAGAGAACUGAGGAGGCCAAAGAAGGCACAGACAACUUGAACCCAUGGUGUUCUCCACCCUUGGACCGAAGCCUCCUCAGAAGAAGACAUCCUAUGAGAUUCCAAGGAAGCAUGGCUAUACUUGCUUUGAAAAUGCUUUUUACAAUUGUGACUGUCUUCCUACCAUGUUUCCAAGGCCAACCACAGGCUGUUGGUCUGUGCUUCAAAGUCUGUUGCAUGAUUAACCUAAUCUUAUUAUUUUAAUUAAGCAAGCUGCUUAGCUUAACUUUUUUUGUUUGAUUGUUUUGUUGGGUUUUGUUUGGCUUGGGUUUUUUGGUUUUCUUUGUUAUGGUUUGAGGUUUUGAAUUCAUUUGUUUUUCUUUUGUUCUUGUUGUUUGGUAUUUUGAUAAGGCUGUUUACUGUUUAUAUUGUGCUCCUUUUAAGGCACUAUUGAGU